CGGCGUCUUGGGUCGUGCCGUGUGUUGACAGGUGUUGACAGGUGCAGCGGUUCUCCGUCAGCCUCCAUUCCUCCGACCAGCAUCAUGGCAUCGGACGAGCUGGCCAGGAAGCUGCAGUCGCGGCUCGCCGCCGCGCAGCAGCCGGAGCCGCAGCCGGACCCCGGAGCCGGAGACGGAGGAGCCGGGCCGGGACCCGGCCCCGGGCCGAGCCCGGUCCGAGCUGCCCCCGCCGCGGCGGCCGCGGAGCCCCGCGCCUCCUCCCCCAGCGAGCUGAGCUCCGCGCUGAGCCGCCGGCUGGACAUCCAGGACGGCAGCGCCAGCCCCAACCCCAACCGCGUCUUCAACCCCUACACGGAGUUCAAGGAGUUCUCCCGCAGGCAGAUCAAAGACAUGGAGGCCAUGUUCAGAAAGUAUGACACCGGGAGAGACGGCUUCAUCGACCUGAUGGAGCUGAAACUCAUGAUGGAGAAGCUGGGGGCUCCACAGACCCACCUGGGCCUGAAGAACAUGAUCAAGGAGGUGGAUGAAGACUUUGAUGGCAAGCUGAGCUUCAGGGAGUUCCUGCUCAUCUUCCGCCGAGCUGCUGCCGGAGAGCUGCAGGAGGAGAGCGGUCUGAUGGCGCUCGCCCGGCUGUCGGAGAUCAACGUGUCCACCGAGGGCGUGAUGGGGGCCAAAGACUUCUUCGAAGCCAAGGUCCAGGCCCUGUCUCAGGGCAGUAAGUUCGAGGCUGAGAUCCGGGAAGAGAAGGAAGAGCGUAAGCGACAGGAAGAAGAUAAGAAGCAGCGGCAGGCGGCCUUCAAGCAGCUGCAGUCCACCUUCUGCUCGUGACGCCGCCGUCGGCACCGUGGAAGCCUCCGGGAGCGUCUGGCUUCCUAAACACGGCUUCACUCUCCUCGCACACUGUAACGAACACCUUCAGCUAAGAUAGCAAGACGCAUCAAAGUAGAUCCCUACUAAAAUACUUGAAUAGAACCUCCUAACAAGUUCCAGGUUAUACGUUCAUGCCAGAUGUUGUGCAGCUGUUCCAUUUGAACAUCAGCAGGGAUGUUCCCUGUUUCACAUGUGUACUGACCUCCCGCAUGUCUCCUCCUUUCCUGCCCUCGGUUCCUCGGAGCCUCGGUUCCGGAGCCAGACACUCAGAGUUCUCGUGAGGUGGGUUUCCGUUAGCAGGGUACCAGGAACCUGCCUCACAGCACAGAACCAGGACCGGUUCCUGCCCUGGGUUUGGUCCUUCAGCACGGCUCUGAACGGCGUCUGGGAGGAUGUUCAGCCCUCCCAACGUCCACCGCCGUGUGUCGCCACAGCAACCAUCCCAGCGCCGCUGCUGCUUGGAGUUCAAAGUUCAAGAGGACUUUGCUAGCCCCCGACGGGGAGUGAGGUGAUGAGCCAGGUGGUUACGAUUACGCUGAGGUCACUGGAUCCUGCCGGGUCCGUCACCGCGAUGGAGACGUGGCAGCGCUGGGGCGGAGGUUGGUCCCGGCCCACUUCCAGUCUCCUGGGUUUUAACCCGGGCCCCUGCUAACGGAAACCCACCUUUUUUGUGGUUAUUGAACUUUAGAUGGUUAACUCUGUGAAGAGCCCUCGAACCCCAGCGCCGGGUGACCCUGACAAUGUGAAGAUGGAAGCCCGGCUACUGCUCACUCGUUAGAUACACAGCCGGAGAGAGAGCUUGCAAUCAUUCCAAUUUAAAUAGCAUUCAUUUGGCCCCGGUCAAAAUCUGGACUCGUUUGAGCCCAAUCGGAUAUUAAAGAGCCUGUAGCAUCUUCUGGCUCUGCCAACCUUCUCUUCACUUCCGAUUCCAGAUCCAAACGCUCACAGAGCUGCAGUACUGUGAGCCGUUUGCAUCCGGAAGUUCUGCUUGAUGCGAACCAUCUCAGAACAUAUCCAGGUCUGGACCGGUACUCCCCGCCCUGCUUCCCCCGCACAAACUACCUACACUGUCUUCACUUCUGUCGUCAUUCCAGUUUGGGUUUGUCCUUUUGCAAAUGUGCUACGUUCCUGAUAAACGUGUUAGUGUGAAACGUCGUAACGUUACGUUUAUUAUCUAUUGCAGCUAAGCGACUCAACUCGUUCCACGGCCCCUCCGUCACUGAUGAGAGGGGCCCCUGGUCCAGAACUCCUGCCCCCUGUACUGACGGGAUAACUCUCGCACUAGUGAACCGUCGUCUUUAUGCAACCCGGCGCGGUUCCGUCAACAAUAACACGGAGAAUAAACAUGAAAAAAAACAGCUUCAUGGGACUUAGUGAGGUUCUUUGGGUCUGCAGGUGGGGUCACAUGACCGUAUUACACCUCCACCUCCAGCUCCCUCCGGAAAACUGACAUCCCGGGUGUGGACUGAACCGGGGUGGAUGGUGGGGACUGAACCGGGGUGGAUGGUGGGGACUGAACCGGGGUGGAUGGUGGGGACUGAACCGGGGUGGAUGGUGGAGACUGAACCGGGGUGGAUGGUCUUGGACUGAACCGGGGUGGAUGGUCUUGGACUGAACCGGGGUGGAUGGUGGAGACUGAACCGGGGUGGAUGGUCUUGGACUGAACCGGGGUGGAUGGUCUUGGACUGAACCGGGGUGGAUGGUGGAGACUGAACCGGGGUGGAUGGUCUUGGACUGAACCGGGGUGGAUGGUCUUGGACUGAACCGGGGUGGAUGGUGGGGACUGAACCGGGGUGGAUGGUGGGGACUGAA